AUUUACUAAUUCUGGCAUUUACCUACAGAACCUUUUAGUAAACACAACAAAAGUCUCUAUAAACGGAAGCAACAUUUAAUAAAUAAAUCUUCAUAUGUAACUCGCAUAUGUGGCAUAUGCGAGGCAUUAUCUACCGAACAAAGAACACAAUAACCGAUCUCAGAAUACAUAUAUACAAAGCAUUUACCCCGUUCGUCGUUCUACUGUUUCAUCAAAGGUGCUGCAGUGGGCAGUGGUGCAAACAUGUCAGACGGAGAGGAUUUUCGUGACAUUGAUCUUGAAGAUCUCGAAGACGAUGAGGAUAACCACAGCCCAAGCCAGAAUGCUGCAGAGGCUGCAGCGACUCCAGAGAUAAACUCGAGCUUGGAUAUUACUGGCGACACACAGAAGAGUGAUUCGGAAAACAAUUCGAGCAGCUCCGAGGAGAGCAGUGGCGCCGCGCUGCACCAUUUGGGCCUUGGCAAGAACAGCAGCAGCAGCGCCAGCUCGAUAACUGCGGGGGCGGACGAGAAUCCGUGCGACUACUGCGUGGGCGGCUAUCAUCCGGUGCAAUUGGGCGACAUGUUGAACCAUCGCUAUGUGGUGCUGAAGAAGCUCGGCUGGGGCCACUUCUCCAUCGUGUGGCUCUGCUUUGAUAUGUCAUCGGAUGUCUACUGUGCCGUCAAGGUGUGCAAAUCGGCGGAACACUUGGCGGCGACGGCAUGCGACGAGAUCUCACUGCUGAAGAAGGUGUCCAAGUACGAGUCGCAUGCGCUGCGCUGCCGCCUGGUCUCCCUCACGGACAACUUCUUUGCGAGCGGCCCGAACGGGACACACCACUGUCUGGUGUUCGAGAUACUCGGACAGAAUCUGCUCUGUCUGAUCCAGCGGUCCAACUACCAGGGCAUACCCAACGCCAAUGUCCGGCAGAUUGCGCGUCAGGUGCUGGAAGGCCUGGACUAUCUGCACGCCCAGUGCCACAUCAUACACACGGACCUCAAGCCCGAGAAUGUCAUGCUCGAGGCGAACGACCUCAAUGUGCGGAGCAAGGCCGCUGAGGCUGCCAGCACCUAUUUGGAGGCCCACACCAGACUAACCCCGACCCGUAAGCUCCACGGCUGUCCGGCCAGUCCGAGUGACGACUCUGUGGUGCCCGACAAGCUAACAAAAACGGCCAAGAAGCGGCUACGCGGACAAGUCAAGCGCAUGGCCAGCUUCUUCGCGUCUCACCGCCGCUGGCUGCGUCAGCGCGCCGUGGAGGAUCUGCUGCAUCUAGCUAGUCGCGGCCUCCUUAGCCCCUCCGCCGCCGGGCUUGGCGUGACCGGGAAGCUGCCCUUCAUGCCCUUCAACUUUGACGGUCUGACGAUCCUCGAGGAAUUCGACAUCUUCCAUCUGGGCCGCUUCGGUCACUUGGAGCAAUUGACAGACUUUCCCGCCUACGCCAUGAAGGUCUUCCUCCUCGAGUGCGAGUCCUUCGACAAUAGUACACCAGUCGACAAUAAAUCGGUGAAAAAUCGCUCGAGCAGCCGCUUGAAAGGCGGCAGCAGCCAUUUGACCCAUGAAGAAAUGGAUGCCAUGGAGAGGAGCCUGGCCAAGGGAUCAAAAAUGUUGAAGCUACUCUACAGGGACCCGGUGGCUUUCAUGCGCUGUGUCCAGGAGAAGGUGCAGGCGUCAGAUCGGGCCGCAGCAGCUGCCCAGCCGAAGUGGGCGCCGAUAAUGAACCGCAAGUGGAAGAUCGGAAAUGCUCGAAAGAAGUGUGCGGGAAUUCAGGGGAAAAAUCCGUUGUCGGAGAAGACUGUGAAUUUCCCGGGCCGCCACAUAGAGUCGCGCCGUGAUCCGGCUCUGUUUCCGUGCAAAUUGAACGUGAAGCUCGCAGACAUGGGCAAUGCCUGCUGGUUCGAUCAUCACUACACGGACGAUAUACAGACGCGGGAGUACCGGGCCGUAGAGGUCAUCCUUGGGGCUGGCUACAACGAAAAGGCCGACAUCUGGAGCGCCGCCUGCAUGUUCUGGGAGCUGGCCACCGGCGACUAUCUGUUUGAGCCCGGCAAGACGACGGACGAUGCCAGCUGUGACGAGUUGCACAUCGCAAGCAUCAUCGAGACGUGCGGCACCAUUCCCCAGUAUCUCAUUGACCGCGGCGAGUUCUCGUCGGGCAUAUUCCAGCCGAAUGGGCAGCUGCUCCACGUUACCCAACUGAAUAAGCGUAAUCUGGUCUCCGUCCUUGUUCAAACUUACGAGUGGGGCACCAAUGCUGCCUUCGAGUUUGUGUCGUUCUUGAAGCCCAUGCUCGACCCUGAUCCACGACGUCGCAUUUCGGCCACCAAAGCGUUGAACGACAACUGGCUGAUCCUGCAAGCCCGCCUGAAGGGUGGCAAAGAUGUUACGUCCCCCAAACCAUCGAAAAUACCCAUCAUUCAUCAACCAUCAGGUUGA